AUGUCGGCCGAACUUGACAUCGACUUUACGCGCCGAAACAAAAAGCCGCGCCCGCUUUCUGAACAUGAGAAGGAGAAGCUGGACGAGUUUGUCGAUGCGAUCCACUACUCAGCCAGGUACUCGGACGACGCAUACGAAUACCGCCAUGUACAACUGCCUAAGCAGAUGUGA